CAAGGCCGCGAAGCCCCAUGUGCCUGUGCCGCCUGACCGCGGUACAUUAUCUGCGGCGGCGAGCUGGAAAAAAGGCACCGAUCCAGCCUUACCGCCACCACCGACAUCACACUCCCCAUAUUCGCAUACCCUUUGCUAUGCGAUAUGCGAUGUCAGCCCCCGCUUCGACUUGGAAGCGGAGCUGUCGCACCCGCGGCAGCUCUGCUCUCCUCCGCCCUCGGCGCGAUGGCGAUCAACACCGUUCACGCCCAGUACCAGCGCAGCGGAGGCUACCUCGAGGACUGCAGGACACGGUGGACUACGUCAAGGACUACCACCACGCAGGUACCUGCCAAUACGCAAACACCAGUGCGCCCCCUCCGACGUCGACCUGGGCUGCACGAGCGCGAGGAGACUCGACCGCGUCACCAAAGGCCUUCCCUUCAACGACGUCAACCUGGACAAGUUCGUCUUCGAGCAUGCGCGGAACCUCGACCGCCACUGCGACGACCUCGCCCGCAACAUCUUCUUCGAGCGCGCGAGGAACCCCGACCGCCGUUACGACGACGACCACAACUUCCACCACGACCACCACAUCCUACGUGCGCAGAGAUGCGAACGACCCCUACUUCUCCGAGAUCGAGGAGCGCGGACCCGCGAACCCCUCUCAACUUCCUGCCGCCCGUGGAAGCGUGACACGGCGAACCGCUACCUCCUCCGUUUUCCUCAACCGCUUCCAUUACCUGAGCUUCACCAUAUACAGGCUCGUGGCGAUUGCCGCGGGUAUGAUCAUCGGCCACAUUCGUUUUUCGACGCCCUCGAGGCCCGGCGAGGGCCCCCAAGAGGCCGAAGACUGCCCAGAUCCCGCCGCCCCAAUUUUUUGGGAGCGCCGGAUCUCAGGGCUUGGCUCCUGCAGCGCAGGAGACGGGUGCCCCGAGCGGGCGCCUGAGCCGGGCGAUCCUGCGGCGCGCGCCAGCGUUGGCAGGCGGCCCGCUGCGCGCGCCGGUGCCGCUCGCCGCGUGCGCCGGGCUGACGCUGCCAGUGCAGGAGAGGAGCACCUCUGGGCGUCGACGUUGUGAAAAAAUCACGGCGUCGGGGGUCUGGGUGCGUCACCGCCCCGCCCUGGCGCUGCCGCUGCGCGCGCUGGUGCUGCUCCGGCAGUUGCAGCGGGGUGGCCAGAGCAUCGGCGACGGAGCCGCGCUCGGUCGCCGUCUUCGCCGUCACCGGCUCGUUCGGCUGCCUCGCGGUGCCGAACCGCGCCACAACUUUGUGGGACCAGCCGGCGCAAUCAAUCAAUCAAGUGCCCGCGUUCGCUGUUAGAUUCAUCGGGCAACAUGACUGUGGGCGCGUCUAGCUGCCACCUUUCCUCCUCCCUCUCCCCGCCUCUCUCCUCCCCUCCCCCGCUCUCUUCUUCCAAUUGGUGUUCUGGCACUGCUUGUACGUGGGCCCAGGCCGCUUCCUCGCCCGGCACUGCCCGACCCUGCGGGCCGUCUGGAUCCUCGUGGGCCCGCCUCGGGCGUGCACGGUGUUGUCGGCGGGGCGUGGCCUCCUCCACGGCCGCCCUCUAUCAUCUUGACGCUGACGCGUGCUUCGCACCCAGAUGUACAGCACUGGUGUGUGCCAUCCGUGCUCGCAGGCCUGCUGGGCGUGUCAUUUUAGGUAUUGCAGGUGCUUGCUACUGCGUGUCUCUCUGUGGUUACAUAUUGCUCUCUUCUCUCUUCGUGCUUGCACUGCUCUGGGCACGCUCCCUCCCGCAGCCGAGCGUUUGUAUUGCAAUGAACUGCGCACUUGUGCUCGAGGCAGAUGAAGAAUGCAUGGCGCUGUGCGCACGCCAGCAUAGAAGCUCGCUCGUCGCUUUGUGCGUUCGCUCUCUCUCUCUCUCUCUCUUUCCCUCUUCCUUUUGUUGUUGUCCCUCUUCUGCUGUUCUCUCAUGUUCGUUGUUGUUCCUGGUCUGCGUCUUUCCUAUGUUGUUGUCCUUUCGUUCCCCUGUUCCCUGUUCCUGGAUGAUGUAAGGAGCGUGCUAGCUGUGUAGAGGUCUUGUAUCAUCUUGGUCUGCACGGUCUGUCGAAUACUUUCCCAAACCGGUGCUGACCGUGCUGGGUGGCGAUGCGUUGCGGUUGAACAACACAUAGCACGCCGGCCGAUGUUUGGAACAUAGGCGGCCGAGUCUCCACGCUACCGAGGAGCGCCUUGGGCAGGUACCAGCGGCAUCAUAUGUUCUCCCACUCCUGAUGUUUUCUGAUAUAAUGGAUAUGUUCAAUGCCGUGAGCGUUACUUCGUAUUGUGCGGUCGAUAAGAGAAGUGCAUCGCGUAUUAGGAAGCCCCUGCGCUUGCACGCCCAAGCCAUCGAUGCUUGUUUGUUUUACCCAUUUUCUGUAGCGCCUCUGCAGCUAACGCUUGCUUGCGCACCCAGUUUGUUAGGUAGGAUACCGGACAUGUUUGUGCAUUUACAUGCAACAUGUAUGUUUCGUUUAGUCAGCCUUGCAGUUGGCAUUUCCCCGUCUUGCUGUUCGGCUUACCAGCCGAGGGGUGUGUAUGUGUGCGCGUGUGUGUUCGAGCUUGACAUUGUGACAGGGUGAGAAGCGCAGCUGGAUGCAUGGGCCGUCGUUGCCGACGCCGCUUGGCUCAAGCAUUCAACCUGUGGUGCGCACGCUUUCUUGCCCACGGGAUG